AUGCCUUUUGACUGGACCUUCUCUUUGCCUGCCAUGGUCCGCGAUUGUUUGGACGAUGAUUUCCGAGCCUUUCUGGAUCCGCGGGAGUACAUUGCCAUUGGAAAACGAGGUGCUGGUGCAGGUCACACGCGCUAUUCGGAGCUUCGAUUACCUGGACGUUGGCGAGGAUUCACGUUUCUGCACCAUGAUCCCCUGCGCAAACGAAAGGACUUUGAUUAUUUCAAGAGAUGUGUGGAGAGAUUUCGAGAUGCAGCACGGGCUCCUGGCCGGAAACUUUUUGUGGUGAGUUGCUUGGUCGAUUCACUGCGAAGUUUACAUGAGAUCAAGAUGGACAGACCGAGCUUGAGAUCCGAAACUUUCUUCGAUGAAUCCAAAGGUAUCCGAGGUCACAAAGCAUCCUGGGGAUAUUUCGCACCAUUGGAGGUGGUGAAACUUUUUGAAUCUUUGCAGCAUUUUGGUGUUUCAGACUUCAAAUUGGUAGCUUUGGUGCUGUGCAUUGGCGAUGCAUCUGUUGCGGAGAAGGAGCCUGUGAUACUUGGAAUCCCCUUGGACCUGCAGAAAGCUGCAGCCGAUGCUUCCUCGAACUGUGUGAUGUUUGAGAUUCAUCUCGGCGAAAGCGGAGCAUGCGGAGCCGAAGCCGAUCCCUUCAAAUUCUUUGAGGCCAGCCAUGAUGAGGCUUUCACUACUGCUGUUCUUGGAGGAGUUCCAGUCCUUACAGAGCUUGAUCCCCUCCAAAAUGACUACAAACCUGCAGGAUACCGAGAUUGCUUGGUGGAUUCUGCUACCGAUUCCGGUGCCAAAGACAACCAGCAUCUCUUUGCGUGUAAAUGUUGUGCGACAAGCUUUGCCUCAAGGAACAGACUGUAUGCUCACAUUCGCAGUUCUCCUUCAUGCAUAAAGUUCGUUGAAGAGACAGACGCUGAGGGAUUUCAAUCUUUACUUGGGAACGGGAAAGAGCUCGUGUCUCAGGUUUUUGCAUUGAUGAUAGGCAUUCCAGGCAUAGUGACCAGAAAUGACUUAGACAGAAACCUCAAGACUGCCUUGCACUGCGUUGGAGUGGGCAUUGAGAAUAUCCCACACCAAGGGACUGAUGGCCAUUUGACCAGCUGCGACCAGUGUCCUGCCGUGGCAUUCACAAUCUUCGUGAAAAUGUCUUGUUCCCUACGGGGUGAGGCCUUGCUGUGUCGCUUGAGGGAGCUAUUGGCAUUGAAGAUGUUGGUUUUGCACAGCUGUGAAGCCGUGGGGAAAUCAAUGGCUUUGCAAUGGCAACAAAGUUCUCUGCAGCAACACUUUGGGUACCUACUGCCCUUCCUGGCACUCUCCCAACCAGUAGAAGAUUUUUCACAGCAACAGGACAUAUAUCGGAGAUUCAAGCAAGCUCUGAACCAUGUGCAGAAGACAUGGCAAAGUACGGAAAUGCUGCAAGGGGAUGAUGUGGCCUUACAACUGAAAAUGACACAAAGACUGUCCUUUGGCUCAGAAUAUGUCCUGAUAAAGGUCGUGGGAGAAAUUUCUUCAUCUACCUGCUGCAUGCUUAUUGCACGUGCGUUGGCUCACUUUCAUGGUUUGGAAUGGACGUCAUCAGAAAUGGGAAUCCCAGAACUUCCACUUCCUUCAGGACUAGUCUACCUGGAGGGGCAACGUUUCCCACAGUUGGAAAGGAAGCAUGGCCCUCUGUUCGGCAGAAGCUGUUUGCCCUGGGGCGAAGCCAACGGUCUGUUGGCCAGUUGGCGAAGUGAGCUGCAACGUCGACUGGUGAAUGAGGUAGACUGGCCAAAGGAUGGCAAGUCCACUUUCCGGGUCCCCAACCACCUUGAACUCAUGAAGAAAGUUGGUUCCGGGGCGUACGGCUGUGUCGCCUCAUUCAAGGACAAGAAGACAGGGGACACGAUGGCAGUCAAGAAAAUUACCAAUGCGUUUGACGACCUUGUUGAUGGCAAGCGAAUCCUGCGCGAGGUCAAGCUCCUGCGUCAGCUCGAUCAUGACAAUAUCAUCAGGAUCCUUGACAUGUACCCACCUGCUGGACCAGACUUCGAGGACAUCUACAUUGUAACCGAUCUCAUGGAGACAGAUCUCCACAGGGUCAUCUACUCCAAACAACCCUUGACAGAGGAACAUCAUCAGUACUUUGUGCAUCAAGUUCUACGAGGCUUGGCGUAUCUGCACAGUGCGAGCAUUGUGCAUCGAGACAUCAAGCCAUCGAAUCUUUUGGUCAACAAAAACUGCGACCUGAAGAUCUGUGACUUUGGACUGGCACGUGUGCUCGCAACGGAGUCAGAUGAAGCCGCAGGGCGCACGGACUAUGUGGUCACUCGCUGGUAUCGUGCUCCCGAGGUCAUGCUUCAUUCUGCGGAGUACACAGUCGCCAUCGACGUAUGGGCGGUGGGCUGCAUUCUGUGCGAGCUCAUCAAUCGCAAACCUCUCUUCGCAGGUAAGGAUCAUGUGGAUCAGAUCCGCAAGAUCAUCAGCACAUUGGGCACACCGACUGAGGCGGAAAGCCUAUGGUUGCCCAAGGGAGGCACAGCCCGAGGAUUCCUGGCGAAAUGCCCGGCUGCACCCAGGGUCAACUGGAAGCAGACUCUCCCAACUGCCAGUGAAAAUGCCAUUGAGGUGGUUUCGAGGAUGGUGACAUUUGAUCCUACUGUUCGAAUCAGUGUAGCAGACACUCUGCGACUCAAGUAUUUUGACCACUUGUUUGACGAGGAGGACAUGGUUCACGAUACUUGCAACAAGAAGAUUGACUGGAGCUUUGACAACUUUGAACCAACUAAACCACUCCUUCAAAGCUAUGUCUACUGCGAGCUCGCAAGCUUUCACUCCGAAAUUGUCGAACGAGACAAAGAUUUGCUAGCUGCUCGUGGCAUAGACAAGUUGCUGAAUGCAGGGAAACAGCCAAAGGCUGAUCCUCCACGGUCACUUUGA